UUUCUUAGCAGACGCCCUUUUCCAGGGCGACUUACAAUUGUUACAAGAUAUCACAUUAUUUUUACAUACAAUUACCCAUUUAUACAGUUGGGUUUACUGGAGCAAUCUAGGUAAAGUACCUUUCUCAAGGGUACAGCAGCAGUGUCCCCCACUGGGGAUUGAACCCACGACCCUCCGGUCAAGAGUCCAGAGCCCUAACCACUACUCCACACUGCUGCCUAUAUAUAUAUGUAGUAUUGAAAAUGUCUUAUGAUGUUCUAUUGAUGUAUCAAGCACACGUCCAUGCAUAUUUCAGGAGAAUCAAGUUGAUACUUUUUGUGAUCAAUUAUUUAUUGAGUCAAUUUGAUAUAAAAAUACCGGAACCCUGCCCUUGUGAUGUCAUGAUGACCACCCAUUGAACCCAUUCUGCUGAAAUUUCAAACUAAAAAGACGCACAGGACAACAAUACAAUAGGGCUUGUCUUUGUGGUGAAACUUAAAUACAAAAGCCAAUACUGUGACAUUACUGUGUAAUCAACUGUUUUUAUUAUUUUUUAAAUCUGGUUAAAUAACCUUGGUAAACUAUGGUAAAUGCAUCGUACUGUAUGACCAUGAGAAAAGCAAGGGGAAACUGCAGUUCAUUUACUGUGCUGAACUUUAUCUGUACCUGUUACCUGCAACCAGACCAACCUGGGGAAAGGUUGAUUCUAGUUGGCUCUGGCAUGGGUAACUAACCUCCAAUGAAGACCAUGGAGUUGCAUUCUAGAACCUAAUCUCUCAGCAUGAUUGUGUACGGAAGUUCCAGACUGGAAUUAAGUUUUCCGUUCUCCAACCAGGAGUUUUCUUCACCUCAUCUUAUCUGAACUAAGGUAUUUUCAAUUCCUCCACAUAGCAGGGAUAUGUGAAUUGAAAAUGACCAUACCAAUUUCUCAUCAACAAAAUGGCAGACCUGAUAAAAUGAUUAGACAUCCCAGACAUCCCAAGUCUCUAAUAUCAGCAAGUGCAACCAUGCUGUUUUAAUUGUGUUGUUUUUUUUAUACAGCUGUCCUGGGUUUUAUUUUCUCCAUUACAGCAGGUGAUGCACAGCUCCACAGGACACUUUAUAGCAUUAAUCUAUGAGGUGUAACAUGACUCUUGGGUGAGCAUGCGGUAGGCACAGCCGAGAGAGACGUGCUAGGGGUUGGUGCAAGGCUGUAUGAAUGUUGGACGGGAGCCCUUUUUAAUUCUAAAGCUGGUUCUAUUCAGAUCAAAGAAUCGAUGAAACGCUUCCAUUAUUACAGUGAAAUAAAGGGGGGAUACCUGAUCCGCACGCUGCCACAGGUCCUUUGUUUGAGCAUUGUCAUAUCUGAAAUAUCUAGAGCUGCUAUAAAGGCACUGGGCACAACCACAGCAAUGGCCACGGAACAUAGGACCUGCGCUCGAGAAUGGGGAACAAACAAACUAUAUUUACAGCAGAACAGCUAGACGCAUAUCAGGACUGUACAUUUUUCACAAGAAAAGAAAUUCUAAGACUCUUCCACAGAUACCGAGACCUGGCUCCACAGCUUGUUCCCCUGGACUACACCAGCAAGCCAGAUGUGAAGCUUCCUUAUGAGCUGAUUACCAGCAUGCCUGAGCUCAAGGACAACCCUUUCCGACAGAGGAUUGCAGAGGUUUUCUCAGAGGACGGAGAGGGGAACAUGACCCUGGAUGAUUUCCUGGACAUGUUUUCAGUGCUGAGUGAAAUGGCACCCAGAGAUCUGAAAGCAUACUAUGCUUUUAAAAUUUACGAUUUCAAUGACGAUGAUUACAUCUGCAAGUCGGACCUCGAGAAGACGCUGACGAGGCUGACCCGGAACGAGCUGACCCCAGAGGAGGUGCGGCUGGUCUGCGAGAAGGUGAUGGACGAGGCCGACCUGGACAACGACGGCAGGCUCUCCCUGGAGGACUUCCAGCACAUGAUCGCGCGCGCCCCCGACUUCCUCAGUACGUUUCAUAUCAGAAUAUGAGGAAUGGCCAUGUGGACUCCAAGAGGUCAUAAUUAAGCCAGCAGACAUUGAUGAGGCUUUUCUGCACCGGACAGAAAGAGACUGAAGGACCAAGAAUAGUCUUCUAAAACCCUGGAUGUAAAAGCUGGUUGCUGGGAUGGUGCACGUGUCUCCAGGAUUGUGUACCGCUAUUUUUUCCUACAUUUUUUGUUGUUCUUCUGUCAACCAGGUUUUACACUGGCAAUCAUUAGCAAGCAUGUCAGCAGCACUAUAAUAUCGAAAUUAACAUCCAGGUUCAACUACGGCUGUACUCCAGUCCUUAAAUCACUACCGCAGGCUCUCUAAUUGUUUUUGACUGCAUCAGCCAUCCGAUGGUUACCACAGACGGUGGAAACAGCCAGUGCAAUGUCGCCACAAGCCUUGAGCCCUGUUUAUCUUUGUCGCAACUGAUCCGAGUGCAGACGCCAUAACUUAAAAGCGUUUCUAUUGUGUGGUGUUUCUGACAGCGUCAGUUACCCGAAGCUCCUCCAUCUGUUGUUCAGACUCGAGCAAUCGUUUACUAAUAAGAUACACAUUAGACUGGAUUCUCUAACUAAUGUUAGGAAAGGAUGAGACACUUAGGAAAUCGUAGACACUGCUGAUUUAGGGAAUGCUUCUGUGAUACCAAGUUAGGAAAAAUCCUGUCCUAGCCAUGAAAGGUAAGGUAGAUAGGCGGUCACAUGUUUUAAAAUACACAAAGUCUUCUGAACUUAAGUCUUGAACUUUGCAUUGGAAGAUGGAACUAAAUCUAAGAUGAAAAAAGCAAAGACAAUACUGAGUUUUGUUGCAGGUGGAAUUUUAACUGGAAAUGGCAGCAAAAACCUAAAAGAUGAGGCUGUACAGAACUCACAUAAAUAUAUAUAAAAGCAAUAUUACAAAACGUCACACCAAAUAUGCAAACUGACAAACUACCACAACAAAAUCAAAUCUGAUGUAACAUAUAAAAACGAUAUAUAUAU